AAAGAGACAGUUCCGCGCUGUUCCGGGUAUAGCAAGGUAGCGAGUGAAGUUUACAUUUCGCUCCCGACUCGUGACAUCUUGACGUAAGCUCCCGUGAAAGGACACAGCGGGAAGAUGAAGUGGCUCACCGCGGCUCUGUUACUCUGUCUGUUCGUGGGACCCGGCCACGGUUGGGAUGACGGUCACGCAGACAGCGUGUUGCUGCGGGACGUCCAGGUGUUGACUCUGUACAAAGGUAGCUACACCAGAGCGAGGCGCUCUAGGGCCAUCCCUCAGCUCCAGUGUGUCGGCGGCUCAGCAAACUGCCAGGCCUUUGUCCCGGAGGUGGUCCAGUGUCAGAACAAAGGCUGGGAUGGAGUGGACGUACAGUGGGAGUGUCGGACUGACAUGGACAACGCGUACCGGUUCGGUCGCAUUGAGGUGAGCUGUGAGGGUUACAGCCACCCUGCCGAUGCCUACAUACUGAAGGGGUCCUGUGGGCUGGAGUACUCACUGGAGCUGACUGAAGACGGCCGGAGGAGGACGCAAGGCAGCCGGGACUCCCAAAGUGGAUUCAAUGGAUUUGGAGGUUUUACUUCCAGUUUCUUCAGCGGUUUCUGGGGAAACAAGCAGCCGCCUCAGCAGCAGAGCCAUCAGAGCGCCCACCCCUCACACAGCGAGGACUCGGGAGGCCUGCUGGUUGUCGUUGUGCUUCUGCUCUUAGGCUACGGCGUCUACAAGCUGUUCCUCAGCGGACAGACUGGGAACCCCAGAGAUGAUCACAGUGGCUCCACUGCAGGACCACCACCCCCAGGAUUCAAGCCUGACUUCACAGGCUCUUUUGGUGCCGAUCAGGGCUACGGUUUCCGUAGGGACUACACUCAAGGACAACAGUUCCGAGGAGGCCCAUCUACUCGCGGCACAGGCGGUGGCUUCUGGACUGGCAUGGGCACAGGAGGGAUGCUGGGAUAUCUUUUUGGUCGUCAGAGAAACCAGCCAUACAACCAAAACAACUCCAGCUACACUGACCGCAGAAGCACUCCCACACACUCCUCCUCCUCUGGGACACGCACUGCUUCAGGUUUCGGAGGCACCAAGACCAGAUAGAAUCUGUGGUAGUGAACAGAUUCUCUCCAGUGGAUGGCACAGACAGAGUUUGAAGUGGGGGAAGGUCAGACACGACGAAAACACCAUGUGAAGAACCUCAUGUGCAGACAUGAACUUGUCCAACAACGUAAACUCGGAUAGAAUCAGGACCAAACCCAGUUUCCGACAAAUGAGUGAUAAAUCAGAUACAACCAGUCUAGACUAAAAGGGAGGAAUAAUCAAUGUGCUUUAAGCUUUUCCUUUGAGGCCGUCCGUCCUAAGCUCCUGUGUGUAACUGCAGUCGAGCAGAGGUAAGAAUAUCUAGAUAAUAUCUAGAUAAUAUUUAGUGUGAUGUGAUAUGAAUGAGUGAAUAACGGGGGAAAAACCACAUAAUGGUUUUGUAUAUUGAUCCAGAGUGCUUUACAUGCCUUCACCUACCCUUCUACCAGCCCUUUUACCCGUACUGUGCAUAUGAUUUAAUGAAUGAAUCUUAAAAUGCAUAUAGCAUUUUGUACUGUAUAACGUGUUGUAGUGUGGAUAUAAUUUUGUGGACAUGAUGUGAUAUUUUGUUAACAAGCUAAUAAAUCAUAAUUUUGUUCCUGUU